CGCGUGAUAGACCGACUCUUGGCUUACUUGUCUGCGUCCCUCCCAGCAUGACAGACGAUAUAACGUACACUCCCGAAGGGGCGGUGUCGAUCACAUACCAGCAGCUGCUUUCCUCUCCGCUUUCGCUCGGCAAAUCCAUCGAUCUCCCAGCGACUACUCUCCAGCUCGCGUAUGCGUUCGCGACACUGGACGAAGCGACGCGCGAGAAGUACGCCGACGCCUCGAGUCGGUACAGCUUUGGAUGGAGCCACGGAAAGGAAAUCAUGAACGGUAAACCCGAUCUUCUAAAGGGCUCGUACUACGCCAAUCCCGUGGUCGACGCGCCUGACGUGCCAGAGGAUCUGAGGCAGGAGUAUCCUGAAUACCACAGUCACAACAUCUGGCCUGCGGCGGAUGAACGUGGUGUGGAGGGUUUUGAGGGGGCUUUCAAGCAGCUUGGCCGACUCAUCUUCGAGAUCGGAUGCCAGCUCGCGGUCGCCUGCCAGCCUUUCGCCCUCUCGCAGCUGAACGACACCAGCAUGUCGCUCCCGGAGCUCAUCAGCACGUCCAACACGUCCAAGGCGCGCCUUCUGCACUACUUCCCGCCGCCCGAGCAGACUGCUGCGUCGUCCGGCGCAAGCGACGAGGCGGUGGAUGACUGGUGUGGAUGGCACCUGGACCACAGCCUCCUCACGGGUCUCUGUUCGGCGAUGUACCUGCAAGAGACCGACGCCGAGCCGACGAUCGUGCCCUCUCCGUCUGCGGCAUCGGGGCUGUACAUCCGGACCCGGGGCGGCAGUCUCACGAAAGUCGCGAUCCCGGCGGAUUGCCUGGCGUUCCAGACGGGCGAGGCCCUGGAAGUGGCCACCGGCGGGCGUCUGCGCGCGACGCCGCACUGUGUGCGCGUGGGUCCCUCCGAGGUGCCUGGGGCAGCGAAGAUCAGCCGCGAGACGUUCGCGUUCUUCCUGCAGCCGGAUGUGAACCAGAACCUGUCUGACUCGAUGACGUUCGGGGAGUUCAGUAAAAAGAUAUUCGACGAGCAUUACGACGAUGUUCAGAAGUGA